GUUUAUCAUCACCCUCUCGCCCUUGCCUUGAGUGUACACCUGCAAUUCAAUAGUUCGACUGCAUUAGAUUGCGUACUAAAAUUAGUUUCUUUUCUAUAUAUUUAUAUAUAGAAACUGUUGAACUGCAUAUAAACAAACAAUUCGUUCAUCCUAUUUUCACUUCGCUCUGUCCGAUUCUGAUUCUGAUUCUGAUUCUGAUUCCAUUCCCUUUCUCUUUUCCAUUGCGCAACCACAUCUCUCAUCCUCAUCGAAAUCCAGCAAGCUCCAGACAGUUCAAAGAUGGCUGGAUUAGAGGCCAUCAAAUAUGGCAGAGGAAGACUAGAAGUUUUAGAUCAGUUGAGACUUCCGCAUGAGUUUGUCUAUGAUAAUGUCUCUACUUGCGAAGAGGCGUUUGACUCCAUCAAGUCGAUGCGCGUGAGAGGAGCCCCAGCAAUCGCGAUUGUGGCAGCUCUUGCGCUGGCCGUAGAGCUUCAUCACAAGAAAGAUGAUUCUAAGACGAAACAAGAAACUGUCCAAUACAUCAACAAACGUCUCGAUUAUCUCUUGGGUAGUAGACCAACCGCCGUCGACCUCUCAAAUGCUAUUAAACUUCUCAAGCGGGUAUCCCAAGCUGCGGCAGAAACCACAGGUACAAAUGACGACAAUGCUGCUUGUGCCAAUGUUCGAAAUGGAUAUAUCGUUGCAGCGGAGAAGAUCUUGGAAGAUGAUCUCACUACAAACUUGGCAAUUGGCAGAUAUGGAGCGGAAUAUUUGAGACGACAACAGAUGCCAAUUGGAGAGGAAAACAAUGACGAUCCAUCCAAAUUCUUCACAACCAGUCCACCAUGCACACAAGGGGCAAUGGACAAGACUUAUAGAAAGCUGAGUGUUCUCACGCAUUGCAAUACUGGCUCUCUAGCUACUUCAGGUCAUGGCACCGCCUUGGGUAUAAUUCGCAGCCUGCACAAAAUGAACUAUCUAGACCACGCCUAUUGCACUGAAACUCGUCCUUAUAACCAAGGUUCCAGACUUACUGCCUUCGAGCUUGUGUACGAAAAGAUUCCCUCCACACUCAUCACAGAUUCUAUGGCUGGUGCUCUAUUCGCCCGAAUGAAAGAUAUCAAAAACAUUUCUGCUGUCAUUGUAGGCGCAGAUCGUGUAGCCCGUAAUGGUGACACCGCUAAUAAAAUCGGAACCUAUUCUCUCGCCGUUCUUGCAAAAGCUCAUAACAUCAAAUUUAUAGUUGCCGCACCUACGACAAGCAUAGAUCUCGAGACAGCUUCAGGAGAAGAUAUAAAGAUUGAAGAUCGCGCCCCUACAGAGCUUACUCAGAUAAGUGGAGCUGUAGUAGGAAAAGAUGGACAUGUAGAUGUCAAUUCGACGGCUAGAGUGGCCAUUGCCCACCAGGGAAUUAAUGUUUGGAAUCCAAGUUUUGACGUUACGCCAAGUAUGUAUAUUGAUGCUGUCAUUACGGAGAAGGGAGAAGUGGUUAGAAGUUCACAGGGCACAUUUGAUUUCAAGGCAAUCAUGCCAGAGAGGUGGGCACAGCAGGUUGAGGGGAAAGAACCAAAUGGAAAGGCACAGGUUGAUGAUGGAACACUUUUUCAAAUGGAAAACAUUUGAAAAGUUUGAAUUAGAACAUGUCUCUUUGAGACACCACAGUAUGACUUCAGUUCUGUUGUUUUAGUUUUUUCAACGUAUAUUAUCAUAUCACUUUCUCCGAGUCAUUUGGAACUUCGCUUAAAACACUAUUCAUUCUCGCCUAAAUUAUUACUCCUAAAAGACCUGAUUCAUAACUCAUCUUAUUGCUAGACACAAAUGAACUGGGUACAUGUUAAUGCCCCAUUGCA